CAGCAAAUUGCCUCUUUUGGCAUUUUUUGUUUUGAGAAUUUUCGUUUCUCGAAAUAUAUCUGCGUUUUAGUUGCCCUCAAGGCUCGUAUUUCAGGAACACCGGGUUGCCAAAAAGAAAAUGAACGUCUCAGAAGCAGAAACUGCUGAAAUGGUUGACUACAACUUGGACAUUCAACACUAUUUUCAGAAAAGUACAAUGGAAAAGUUUGACUGGGAUGGCGUUGCUUAUUACCUCUACAUAGCAGUUUUUGUCCUGGCACUUCUUGGAAUCGGUCUGAAUUGUCUCUGCUUCAGAACUUGUUUGUUUCUGACCAGGGCGAAUUCUACCGCUUCGAUUCUGAUGCGAUAUUUGGCUGCUUGGGACUCGGUGGCGCUUAUGCACAAUCUAUUGGAUCACGGGUUGAAUCGACUUCUGGGGACCGGCUGGAUUUGCAAAAGUGCAAUCAUUUUCAAGAUGUUUGCAGCAUCCUACCUGACAAUUCAGCUGACAACAAUCUAUCACAUACUUGCGCUAGCUCUAGAUCGCGUUGUCGCAAUCAAAAUUCCGAUUUGGCACCGAAACAUUCUGGCUGCAAACUCACUCAAAACCGUCCGGAUCACGACAAUCACUAUUUUCAUCUUCUGUUUUCUCUGCUCGGCGCCAAGAUUCUUCUUCUUCGUGAAGCAUCCCGACGGUGCAUGCGGCGUCUCGGAAAGCCGAAUGAACUCGGCUAUUUUGAAGUAUCUUGUCGGCUUCUCGACGUUUGGGUCAAUUCUUCUAACUCCGCAUGUUUUUUACAUAAUUGCGAAUACUAUCUUCGUGAGAUUGUUAAAACGACGACAAAAAACAAAGGAAAUAGCCGCAUCGGCGACGACAACAACGACAAUAACCGGUACAACGAAAACGAAUGCGGUGUUCUCGCGGAACGUGACCGAAGCUGACAUGACUAAGAACGAUAACAACAACCGAAAACAACAAAAUCAUCGAAGUUACGUAAUAAUGUUGUUCAUGCUUACGUUUGGCUGUUCUGUGGCGGCAGGAGCUGCAGGUGCCAUCAACAUCCUAACUUUCGCAAUCGGAGAGAAAACGGAAGCUGAAAUGCUAAGUUUCGACAUUGGUCGAACUGGCUUCGCAAGAUUCGCUUGGAGCUUGGUUGAUAUCUUGGGAGUUCUGAAGAAUUCGAUGAAUUUCAUAUUCUACAUGCUGAGUGGCGACGAGUUUCGUAAGGCAUUCAGAAAGGCUCUGGGCUUAGGCGGCCAAGAAAGUAACUCGUCAAAAAUCACUUCAGGAAAGAAGUGAAAGUUGAAAUGAGUUAAAUUUACAGCAGCGGAUUUUAGUAUGCGGGAAAAUUUCUUAUAGAGAAAGUCGACUCAUUCGCUACUAAAAUCAUAUAGCGUUUGCUUCUGUUAUGAGCCGCAGU